UUUUCAUGGGAUCACAUAACAGAAGGACAGUGGCUUGUGAAUGGGUCAAGAAAAAAAGUCCAGUUAUAGAAUAAGACAUGGAGCUUUCUGGUCCAGGUUGACCGUUCAGCAGUACAGCCAAUUUUAUAUAUUGGGUCAGUCUCUGCUUCUUGCCACUUGCAAGCUUUGCUCAUCUGUCUUAUGACCAUUUUUUAUUUUUUGGCAAUUAGAUAAUUCCAGAUAAGUACAACCAGCCAGCAACUAACACCCUGCCCACACAAAAACAGAAUAAGUGCAGAGAUUUUGUUUGAAAGGAAAAAAAAACAGAGAAUACUAUUCAAUAGACACCAAUUAGAGUUAAAGAUGAAGCCUUUUUAGUCUCACAAAAAUGUUGAAUCAAAAGGGGUUUCUGGAUCCUUUUAUGGGAUUUGGUCAUCAAUCAAUCAUGAUCCAAGAAAGAGUCCAGCUCAACCUUCACCACCACCACCACCAGCCAGCCACUACCAGCCGCCCCAAUGUAAACGCUUAGAAGAUUUUCAUGUUUUUCAUGAUGACCCUUGUUUUUUGAUCGCUCUUCUGUUUAUUAAUGCUUGUAUACAAUAAUAUAUAUACUUUUUCCUUUUGUAGUGCUAUUAUAAUAUUAAUGACCUAACGUCAUGCCCCCACGCACGCACUUCAUCUGUAUUCCUUUCUCUCUCAUUUUCCUCUUCUCUGUUUGGUCAAUAGAGGGUUUUACUUCAAUCUCCAAAUCUUUGUUAGUCUACAAGAUUUGCCUAGAUAUCAGAUAAUCAUGUACUUGGUCCCCUAUUUCUCCUUCCAUCUCAUGUCUUGUUCUUGUUCUAUGUCCCAAUAGUGGGAAUGAUGGUGAUGAAUUUUAAAGAUUCCAACUUUGCUUGCUUUGCGUAUCCAGUGAUACCAAGAACAAGAGGAUCCUUCUCAUCUUCUUGGGUCACGUUCUUGUUUGCUUUUUUGGUGAUUCUGAUACUAUUAUUGCAUCCUUGUUAUGCUGCAGCGGCUUGCCACCAAGACGAUCAUGAUUCUUUGUUUACCUUCUUCUCAAACAUAUCAUCUUCUUCUCCUUUGAAUUGGUCUUCUUCUACUGAUUGUUGUCUAUGGGAAGGUGUUGAGUGUGAUGGAAUUAAUGGGAGAGUGAAUCGUCUUUUGCUACCCUUUAGAGGCCUUACUGGCAUUCUCUCACCAUCUCUUGCCAACCUCACCCAUCUCUAUCACCUCAAUCUGUCCCAUAAUCGUCUCUCUGGUUCUCUCCCUACUGGAUUAUUUUCUCUGAAUGGCCUCCAGAUUCUUGAUCUCAGCUACAAUCGUCUUGAUGGCGAAUUACCAGGCAGCGACAAUAAUAACACCAACAUAGCUAUCCAAAUAGUGGACUUGUCUAGCAACCGGUUCAAUGGGGCGAUUCCAUCCGACUCAUUUCUCCAGGCAGCUGCAAAUUUGAGCAAACUCAAUGUCAGUCACAAUAGUUUCGUGGGCCAAAUUCCGUCCAACAUUUGCAGUGUUUCUUUUCGAUUCAUGACUAUUCUUGACUUUUCCAACAAUGAUUUCAGUGGCAAUAUUCCUUCUGCAUUUGGUGAAUGUUCCGGUCUGAGGAUUUUCUCUGCAGGUUUCAAUAAUCUGUCAGGGACGAUUCCUGAAGAUAUUUACAAGGCUGUCUUGCUCGAAAAACUCUCCUUGCCUCUUAACCGCCUUUCUGGUCCUAUCAGCAAUGCACUAGUUAACCUCAAUAACCUUAAGGUUCUUGAUCUCUAUUCGAAUCACCUGAUUGGCAGAAUACCCUGGAAUAUUGGCAGGCUCUACAACUUGGAACAGCUGCAGCUUCACAUUAACAAUCUCACAGGUUCAAUCCCUCCAACUCUGAUGAAUUGUACCAAAUUAGUGACAUUAAAUUUGCGGGUCAACUUAUUGGAAGGAGAGCUAUCUGCCUUUAAUUUCUCUAGGUUCCUUCAACUUAGCAUCCUAGAUCUUGGCAACAAUAAAUUUACAGGUAAUUUGCCCACAAGUCUUUACUUAUGUAGCUCGUUAACUGCUGUUAGACUUGCCUAUAACCAGUUGGGGGGACAGAUCUUACCUGAAAUACAAACACUAAAAUCUCUGUCUUUCCUGUCAGUUUCUUACAAUAACUUAAACAACCUUACUGGGGCUAUUCAAAUUAUGAUGGGUUGCAAGAACCUCACUACUCUGAUACUCUCUGUGAAUUUUUUUAAUGAAAAGAUACCAGAUGAUAAAAGCAUAGGACACUCAGAUGGAUUCCAGAACCUCCAGGUUCUUGCUCUUGGUGCUUCUGGACUUUCAGGUCAGGUGCCUACCUGGUUAUCCAAGCUUAAGAACCUGGAGGUGUUGGACUUGUCUGUUAACCAAAUCACAGGUUCUAUUCCCAGUUGGUUGGGUAGUUUAUCGAACCUUUUCUACAUAGACUUGUCCAGUAACCGCCUAUCAGGAAAACUGCCCAAGGAACUUGCGGGAUUGCAUACACUAGCAUCACAAGGGGACAAUGAAUUAGUCAACCGGAGUUAUCUACCAUUGCCUGUGUUUGCCCAACCCAAUAAUGCAACCUAUCAGCAGUACAAUCAGCUCUCUAGCCUGCCUCCAGCUAUAUACCUGGGAAACAACUGCCUCAUUGGUGAUAUCCCUAAAGAAAUUGGCCAACUAAAGUUUCUUCACGUGGUGGACCUUGGAAAUAACAACUUCUCAGGAAAUAUUCCAGAUGAAAUAUCGAACCUCACCAACUUGGAGAAAUUGGAUCUCUCUGAAAACCACCUAUCUGGAGAAAUCCCUGCAUCACUAAAAGGUCUCCAUUUCUUGUCUUCAUUCAAUGUUGCAAAUAACAGUCUUCACGGUCCUAUACCAUCUGGAGGUCAGUUCGAUACUUUCCCCAGUUCCAGCUUUGCAGGGAAUCCAGGGCUUUGUGGUUCAAUUUUACAACGUUCUUGCUCCAAUACAUCAGGAUAUGUCAAUCACACUGUGCCUUGUAAAAAGGUAAACACAAAAUUUAUUAUCGGAUUAGUCCUGGGGACAUGUUCUGGGACUGGUUUACUUAUUGCUGUACUAGCACUGUGGAUAUUGUCCAAGAGAAGGAUCAUUCCCGGAGGGGACUCUGACAGUAUAGAGAUGGAUGCAAUUUCAAGCAAUUCAUAUUCUGGAUUUCCUCCCAAUGCUGACAAGGACACCUGCUUAGUUGUAUUGUUUCCUAAUGAUAAUAAUGAUACCAGGGAUCUAACAAUAAUUGAGCUUUUAAAAGCCACUGACAAUUUCAACCAAGCAAAUAUUGUUGGCUGUGGCGGUUUUGGUCUGGUCUACAAAGCAACACUGGCAAAUGGCACCAAGCUGGCUAUCAAGAAACUCUCAGGAGAUAUAGGUCCCAUGGAAAGGGAAUUCAAAGCAGAGGUAGAGGCUCUGUCCACUGCCUGGCAUGAGAAUCUGGUGUCAUUGCAAGGUUAUUGUGUGUAUCAGGGCUUUCGGCUGCUCAUAUAUUCCUAUAUGGAAAACGGAAGUCUGGAUUACUGGUUGCAUGAGAAGGCUGAUGGUGCAUCCCAACUAGAUUGGCCAACGCGACUGAAGAUCGCCAGGGGAGCAAGUUGUGGCCUGGCUUACAUGCACCAGAUAUGUGAGCCACACAUUGUGCAUCGUGACAUCAAGUCCAGCAACAUCCUUCUAGAUGAGAAGUUUGAAGCACAUGUAGCAGAUUUUGGGUUGUCCAGGCUGAUUCUUCCUUAUCAUACUCAUGUUACAACUGAGCUUGUUGGUACUUUGGGUUAUAUUCCUCCAGAAUAUGGGCAAGCAUGGAUAGCCACAUUGAGAGGAGAUAUGUACAGUUUUGGGGUUGUUAUGCUUGAGCUUCUCUCUGGAAAGAGACCUGUAGAAGUGUUCAGGCCAAAGAUGUCAAGAGAACUAGUCGGCUGGGUCCAGCAAAUGAGGAGAGAGGGAAAACAAGAACAAGUCUUUGAUCCUCUCUUGAGAGGAAAGGGCUUUGAUGUUGAGAUGCUGCAAGUGCUGGAUGUGGCCUGCAUGUGUGUGAACCAAAAUCCAUUCAAGAGGCCAACCAUCAAAGAAGUUGUUGACUGGCUAGAGAAUGUAGGCUCAGACAGAAACCAAAAUAAGAGUUAGUGAAAAUGCCCUUCAGUAAAUAUUAAGAACAGGUAUAUACACUUGCACAAAACAUGGGUUUGUCAAUGCAGUUUUUCACAUCAUUUUACAAUGUAAAUUUGAAAAUUUACCAUAUCAUACAGCUUUAAAGAUGUAUAAAAAAAUUACAAUUAGUUGUUUAUUAAUCACCAUAUGGAGAAGCUAAAGAACUA